GUGCCCACAGGAAGACGCUGAGAAAGGCUGCGCUCCAAUAUGAUAGUGACAGCUAGAGGCAAGCUGGGGAUUGGUGCACAGAAAUAGCCGACCAAUCCCGGAGCAGGCAGAGCUAACAUAACAAAGCAAAGAGAAAAGGAAAGGGUAAAAUUGCAGCAGAGGAGGAUGGGUGGAGGAGAGAGUGGCACUCAGUGACGUCUCCAGAAAGGAGAGGAGAUGAACGAGAGAGGUGAGAACAUCCAUCAGAUGAGGCCGCCAUGCACCGAGGAGAAGCCGCAGCAAGAGCAGCAGCAGGCCUCGCCAUCAGCUGUCAACACAACAUCUGAAGCAUGAGGACGUCGAGGAAAGGGAGCGUGGAGAUGCCUGCGUUUGUGCGCCAGCUGGUCAAAGAGACAGAGAAGAGGGUCAGCUCUUUCUUCAAGGGGGGCCGGGGAGGAGCGGCUGAAGGGGAGCAGACCGGGGAGGGCGAGAAGGAGGAGGUCAUUCCCAGCCCCUACUUGGAUCGGCCGGUGUUGGACAAACUGGCGGAGGAGGGCUGCGCCCGUUGGGGGCUCACCUAUGCCCUGGGGAGCAUGCAAGGCUGGAGAACCAACAUGGAGGACUACCACAACUGCGUGCCUCAGCUAGGAGGAGAGCUGGCCGACUGGAGCUUCUUCGCCGUCUUCGAUGGACAUGCGGGUAGCACAGCGGCACAGCACUGCUCGCAGCACCUUCUGGGUCACAUCCUGGCUACAGGUGGCCUUGGGCACGAGGACGACCCUGACAGGGUAAAAGGGGCUCUAACUGAAGGCUUCUUCCAAACAGACAAGCAUCUCCACGCCGUGGCCCGUCGAGAAGGAUGGGAGAGAGGUGGCACCACCGUAGUGUCCGCCCUCAUCUCGCCCUACAACAUCUACUUUGCCAACUGCGGGGACUCGAGGGCCGUGUUGUGUCGCUCGGGUCAGGUUUGCUUCUCCACCGAGGACCACAAACCUUACAGUCCUCUGGAGAAGGAGCGCAUUGAAAGCGCCGGAGGAUCUGUGUCCCUCCAACGUAUCAAUGGCUCAUUGGCUGUCUCCCGAGCCCUGGGUGACUUUAGCUACAAGGGGGCGGAGAACAGGUCGCCCAACGAGCAGAUGGUCUCGCCCGAGCCGGAGGUGUGCGUGGUGGAACGUUCGCCAGCCGACGAGUUCCUGGUGCUUGCCUGCGAUGGAGUGUGGGACACGAUCAGCAAUGAGGAGCUUUGCGCCUUCAUCCACAACCGCCUGCUCGUGUGCACCGACCUGAGGGAUGUCUGCUCACAGGUCAUUGACCUUUGCCUCUAUAAGGGCAGUCUUGACAACAUCAGCAUCAUUCUGCUGUGCUUCCCUGGAGCUCCUCAGUUGUCCACGGAGGCGUUACACCAGGAGGCCGAACUGGAAGAUCUCCUGGAGUCAAAAGUAGCAGAGAUUUAUGAUGAGCUGUGUGCCAGAGGAGAGGAUCCUGAUUUGCUGGCGGUCCUCACAAUCCUCGCAUCUACCGUAAUACCCGGAUUACCGCCAGGGGGAGGCAUACAGAGCAAAAGGAACUGCAUUAUCUCUGCUUACUACCAACAGAGAGAGAUGCAUAAUCCUACAGUACCAAAUGAAACGGAAGAGUCCUGAAGAGGCCGACCGGAUUGUGUCGAUGAACGAAUUAUAAUUAAUGUCUAUAUCAACUGUUUUAUUCAUGUUUCUAAGUGGACAAAAAGGGAGUUAGUGAACAGUGUCUGUUUACAUCAUUUUAGCGAGCAGCACUUUGUCGUAACAAUUACAAUGCAAAAGUAGAGUAUAGUAAAGCCUGAGACAUUCUAUAUUUGUACAAUUAUUACAUAUAUGACAUUUUGUAAGAUCUACUCAGCGACAAUGGGCCCAGCAACAAAGUUCUGCCUCAUAGACAAAUAAAAGGCUGUAAAAACUGAA